UUUGCCGCGUGACUGGGUAGGUCGUGACAAGGUGGAGAGAGUGACGUCACACAUUCAUAGCAUUCGUAAUCAUAUCCGGGAGCUUUGCAUGCUCGUCGAUAUUAGCAUCACUGGUGGGGAGUGUGCCAUUAAUUUGUCAAAGGAAAAUCUGCUCUUUCUGCCUCUUUUAUUGGUAAAGAAAUYGCUCUGAAGUGGUCUUAGAUUUUGUGGGAAUAACCUUUGAAAUAUGGCGAGCCGUAAGACAAAGAAGCCCACGAAGAAGAGGGCGCAUAGAGCUACAUCGAAUGUGUUCGCCAUGUUUGACCAAAGCCAAAUUCAGGAAUUCAAGGAAGCUUUCAAUAUGAUUGAUCAAAACCACGAUGGAUUCGUCGAUAAAGAAGAUCUCCACGACAUGUUAGCUUCCCUUGGUAAAGAUCCAACCGAUGACUAUCUUGAAAAGAUGAUCAACGAGUCUCCCGGUCCAAUCAACUUCACCAUGUUUUUAACUCUGUUUGGAGAGAAAUUGAACGGCACAGAUCCAGAGGACGUAAUCCGGAAUGCCUUUACUUGCUUUGACGAGGAUGGAGCRGGGAAGAUACACGAAGAGGUGCUCAAAGAAGCGAUGAUGACAAUGGGAGAUCGGUUUUCAGAUGAGCAAGUAGAUGAUAUUCUUCGUGAUGCACCAAUCGACAAAGACGGCUAUUUGGAUUAUAACGUUUUUACUCGCAUCCUUAAGCAUGGCAAGAAAGACGACAACGACUAAUAUUUAUUGAUAAAUUGAAUUUUCAUUAAACGUUUAAUGGAACAAACUGUAUUGCAUCUUUAGUGAGGUUGUUAGCCAAAUCUGUUUAAUAACUACAAUUGACUCCUGUUCAACUGUAAAAUCAUGGUGUCUUUAUGUCCGUAGGCGUUGUCCAAAAUAAUGAUUAAUGGCAUUCUGAAGAUAAUUACUUUUGUUUACAAUAUUUUAAAACUUUUUGUAGCAUAAUGAAGGAAUCAGCAGUCGCAUUAAAUAAUUGUUAAUAACAUUUUGUUAUAUGUAAAAUAUAGCAAUCAUUAUGACAAAAUUUGCAAAUAACUUAACUAUAUUUCAUAAAGUUUCUUAKAAAAAUUAAAUUGAACUGUUAGUUCCUAA